CAUCUUCAUGGAUACUAAUUGAUAAGUUACCAAGUUACCACUGAGCCACAAGGGGAACUCCCAGAGGAAACUGUUUUAUGGAGGAGAAGGGGAAUUUGGGAGCAGCUGAUAUAUAAACAAAAAGACAAAAAGUCCCUUGGAGGAAAACUGGGAGCUGGUAGUAGCUUUUCAUUGGCUUCAUUUGACAGUUUCUCAUUGGCUGAGCUAUUGCCAGGCAAACAGAAAAUCCUUCUUCCUCCAGCUGGUGGUGAUAAAAUAGCCUGAUCCCAGCCUUGUGGAGCAGUAGAGGGCCAAGGGAGGAGAGUGAGUGUCCCCAGAGCAUCCCACCCCCCCACGAGGAGGAUAGCCCAAACAGGUUCCUUGGGCACCUCUCACCCCCUGCUGAAGGAGUGAAGGGGAGCAGAGCGUGGGCCCCCUCGGUUUGACACGGUACCAGCCUGGCCAGGCUGACUGCGACUCCCAGUGGCAUGAUUGCCCUGUCCACGGCCUUUGUCCGCAGCUGCAGCUCCUUUUUCCUGGGCGGCCUCCGCUCUAUUGUUGGCCGAGGGGGUCAGGACCCGCAGCCACCUGCAUUAUUGAUGCGCAAGCGUAAAACGGGAGACGCGGAGGCGGGUAGAUUGAGCCUGUAGCUCCAGCCGGAGCAGGACGCGAGCGGAGCGCCUGUGGUGUGCGCCCAGAGCUCCCACGGGCAGCCUGAUCCUAGGGAAGGGGAGAGGCCGAAAAGUCAUGGGCAGGAGAAAGGGCAAGGCGCCCCAGAACCCGGAGGGGUCCAGGAGGCCCGUCUCGGGGGAGCGGGAAUCCGGGUCGGCCAGCGCAGACAGCGCGCCCAGCCGGGAACGCCGACAGGGCCGCGGUAAGGCCCGCGGGGAGAGACUGCUCUUGGAACCUGGCACCGUGGGAGGCCAGGAGACCCCCGGCGGCCGCAGGAAGCCCACCGUAGAGGAGGACAGCGACUGCAGACGGCCAGAGGCUGGGCCGCCCCCGGAGGCUGCGGGGAGACAAGGCAGCGCUCGGCGUCGGGGAUGCGGGCCUCAGGAGAGACGCAAACCCGGGGACGACCGUGGGGGGGCCCUGGAGGAGCGUCUCCCCCGAGAAGGGAGGACACACGAGCACGACCGCCGCAGAAGGAGAGGGAAAGGGCGAGGACGCUCGGCUCGGCGGAGUCGCCCGGAGACCCGGAGCCUCAAUGGGGACACGUCAGGUGGAGACGGGGUUCGUUCUUGCCCGGACAGCGAAGCCCAAGAGGCCCAGGAGAGCAGCAGCCAGGGCGGCGGGGCUCCGGAGCUACGGCCCAACUCGGAGCAAACGGACGCCGGCUCGGGAGGCACUCAAAGCGGUCCGGAGUCAGGGCUGGAGGCGCCAGGAGAGUGCCCGAGUAGCGACGGCCUGAGCAGCGACGCCAGGGACAGCGACAAGCCCCCUGCCAAGCCCCGGAACCCAGAAGGUGGAUCGUCGGGAGCGAGGCCCCAGGGAGGGACAGAGGAUUCUGGGACAGACACGGACUCAAGCGUGGAAGGGGCCGGGCCUGGACGGAGCGCACGGGUAUCCCCAGGAACAGCAAGCCAGGCCAGUGAGGCUGAAGAGGCUGAGAUGGGCAGAAAAGCCGCGGCCUCCAGUUUCCCCGAGGGCAGCCACGCGUGCCUUCCCCGGAGCUCGCGGGCUUCUCGGGACCCCAGGCCGGCCUGGGACGUGAGAGAUAGCGAGGUGCAGCCAGAGGCUGGGCCGACGGGGGCCGAGCCUGGAAAAGCCGAGGCCUUGACUGCCCAGGGUCAGCACCACCAGGUCGGAAAGGUGGUGGGGAAGGUGCAAGGGCAGGCAGGUGCCAGCGAAGCGGGAGCUGGAGUUGAUGGGCCCAGGGACUCAGCGCCACUGGCCGCCCUGGUGGCGCUCCGUAGGCUCCGCGGGAAGCCCCCGCCAGCCCCCGCUCCUCAGGCCGCGGGUGUCCGAAGCUCUGGCCUCAAAGAGCGAUUCCUGCGCGCGGCGAGGGCCCUGGGCCUUUUGCGGUGGCUGCGGCUGCAGCUCCGGCCGCAGGAGGGCGAGGCGCAGGGGGCGCAGGGGGCGCAGGGGGCGCGGCCGCGGGCGGGCGAGGGGCGGGGCCGAGGCCGAGCGCCGGGGCUGCGGCGCCGUCUGGUGCUGAGCCUGGCGGGAGUAACGAGGCGAGGGGGGCGGUCGAGGGCUCCCCCUGGCGGCGGCUCGAGCUCCCAGCCGGUGGUGAAAAGCCCAGCCCUCGACGACCCUAAUGAAGAGGUGACUCCAGAUCCCAAGUUCGCGGUCGUGUUCCCUAGGAUCCACAGGGCAGGGAGGGCGUCGAGCAGCCAGAGCUCAGAGGAAGUGCCCAUGGACGCCCCCGCUGGGGAGGGGCGCGUUCGGUCUUGUGCGGGGGCUUCCGGGGACAAUGAGGGGCGCUGGGCACGUGGAGAAGGGGUGGCCGGGCCCCACCCCUGCUCUGUUCUUAGCCCAACUCCCCCAGACGAGCCCUCACUCAAUGAGAGCAGCUCCAGCAGCGAAGCGGAGCCCGAGAUCUUGGAGGCCGAGGCCCCGGUGCACUGGGCUCAGAGUUCCGACCCCCACGAGGACCCUGGGCUUGGCACUGAAGCACUGCUGCCGCGACUCACUUUGGAGAGAAGCCCAGGCUCCUGCAGGUCCCUGAGGGAUCGGUGGGAGCUGGAGGAUGAGGCUGAGGAGGCCCUGGAGAGGGACCUGGAGCUGAGCCUGGGGCGGGACCUGGAGGCGUCACCCUUGCCUGGUGCAGAGGGCCAGAGCCUCCUGGAUGACCUGGAGGACACGGAAGACCUGGCCCUGCUGCGGCCCCUGUGUCACAGCUCAGUGCUGCUCUGCCUCAAGAAGAGGUUUCACCUGGGCCGAAUCUACACCUUUGGGGGGCCUCUCCUGCUCGCUCUGAACCCCCACCGGCCCCUGCCUCUCUUCUCACCCGAAAUCCUGGCCAGCUACCACCCCAGGAAUGCGCCCAACACCACCCCACACAUCUUUGCCAUCGUGGCAUCUGCCUGUAACCUGUCUCAGAGCACUGGGCAGGGCACAGCCAUCCUCCUCAGUGGGCACAGUGGCUCUGGGAAGACAGAAACUGCCAGAAAGAUUGUGCACUUCCUAAGCAGCCUGGAGCAGGAGCAGACGAGGGACAGAGGGUGUCAGCUGGACGACAUACUGCCCAUGCUUGGCAGCUUUGGCCAUGCCAAGACAAUCCUUAAUGCCAACGCUAGCCGCUUCGGCCAGGUCUUGUGCCUCCACCUGCAGCAUGGGGUCAUCCUGGGAGCCUCUGUGUCACAUUACCUGCUUGAGACCUCAAGAGUGGUGUUUCAGGCCCAGGCUGAGCGGAGCUUCCAUGUGUUUUAUGAGCUGCUGGCAGGGCUGGACCCCAGGGAGCGGGAGCAGCUCUCCCUCCAGGGGCCGGAGACCUACUGCUUUCUGAACCAGGGCCAGGCCUGCAGGCUGCAGGGCAAGGAGGAUGCUCAGGACUUCACAGGACUGGUGAAGGCCCUGCAGGCGCUGGGCUUGUGCGCCGAGGAGUUGACUGCGGUCUGGGCUGUUCUGGCCACUGUCCUGCAGCUGGGCAACAUCUGCUUCUGCUCUUCAGAGUGGGAGUCCCAGGAGGUGGCCGCCGUGUCCAGCUGGGCCGAGAUCCACACGGCAGCCCGGCUGCUGCGAGUGCCGCCCGAGCGCCUGGAGGGGGCUGUCACCAGGAGAGUCGUGGAGACGCCCUAUGGCCAGGUUUCGAGAUCUCUGCCCCUGGAAAGCGCCAUUGAUGCCAGGGACGCCCUGGCCAAGGCCCUGUACUCACGCCUCUUCGCCUGGCUUCUGAGGAGGACCAACGCACGGCUGGCACCUCCUGGGGAGGGAGGCAGCGUGGUCACUGUCACCGUCGUGGACGUCUAUGGCUUUGAGGCACUGCGGGUCAAUGGCCUGGAGCAGCUGUGCAACAACCUGGCCAGCGAGCGCCUACAGCUCUUCUCCAGCCAGAUGCUGCUGGCCCAGGAGGAGGAGGAGCAUCGGCGAGAGCUGCUGCCCUGGGUGCCCGUCCCCCAGCCUCCGCGGGAGUCCUGCCUGGGCCUCCUGGCAGACCAGCCCCACAGCCUCCUGGGUAUCCUCGAUGCCCAGACGUGGCUGUCCCAGGCCACGGACCAUACCUUCCUCCAAAAGUGCCACUACCACCACGGCGACCACCCGCUCUACGCUAAGCCCCAGCUGCCCCUUCCUGUCUUCACUGUGCGGCAUCUCGCCGGGACCGUCACAUACCAGGUUCACAAGUUUUUAAACAGAAACCGGGAUGGCCUUGACCCUGCCGUGGUGGAAAUGCUCGCCCAGAGCCGGCUCCAGCUGGUGGGCAGCCUGUUCCAGGAAGCAGAGCCUGAGUCCAGGGGAGGUCGAGGCAAACCCACACUGGCCUCUCGCUUCCAGCGUUCCCUGGGGGACCUCAUAGCCCAGCUUGGCAGGAGCCAUGUCUAUGCCAUCCAGUGUCUCAGCCCCAACCCGGGGAAGCUUCCGGGCCUCUUUGAUGUGGGGCACGUGGCAGAGCAGCUGCGCCAGGCGGGCAUCCUGGAGGCUGUGUGUACCCGCAGCGCCAAUUUCCCCAUCCGUGUGCCCUUCCGGCUCUUCCUGGCCAGGUUCCGGGCCCUGAGGACAGAGGGGCAGGGAGAGCUCUCUGACAGGGAGCAAUGUGGCGCUAUCCUAAGCCAGGUGCUCGGGGCUAAAUCCGACCUCUGUCACCUGGGAGCCACCCAGGUUCUGCUGCGAGAGCCAGGCUGGCAGCAGCUGGAGCAGCACCGGGCCGAGCAGCGCACCCAGGCCCUGCUCACCCUGCACCGAGGCCUCCGUGUCUGCAUCUCCUGCCAGCGCCUCCGUCUCUUGCCACGGAUGCAGGCUCGCGUGCGUGGGCUCCAAACCAGGAAGAGCUGCCUCCGGCGGCGGGCGGCCCUGGGGCAGGUGAACGCCAUCCUGUUGGUGGCCCGGCCCCUGCUCAGGAGACGGCAGAGACGACAGCUUGGGCAUCGACGUGGCUGGCAUAGCGGCGGGGCCGCCGAGAAGGUGCCGAGCAUGGAGCUGGGGCGCUUGGAGAUCCCAGCCGAGCUGGCUGUCAUGCUGAAGACAGCAGAAGGCCGCCAGCACGCCCUGGCCCAGAGCAUCACUGAGUCCCUGCCCCCGGAAGUGCCUGCGCGGCCCAACCUGGCCCUCCCGCCCAACAUCGACCAGUUCCCCUUCUCCAGCUUCAUCUCCACCGGCUUCCAGGAGCCAUCCCUGCCCCACCCUGGGCAGCUGCUGGCCAAGCCCUUGACCCGGCUGGACGGUGACAGCCCUCAGCAUGCCCUGGAUAUCAACAAGGUGAUGCUGCGGUUCCUGGGGGACGGGUCCCUGCUGCCCUGGCAGGAGCAGACGAUGGGUCAGUACCUGGUGCGGCAGGGCCAGCGCCGGCCGGGGCUGCGGGACGAGCUCUUCAGCCAGCUGGUGGCCCAGCUCUGGCACAAUCCGGACGAGCAGCAGAGUCAGCGCGGCUGGGCCCUCAUGGCCAUCCUGCUCAGCGCUUUCCCGCCAAGGCCCACCCUGCAGAAGCCGCUGCUCAAGUUUGUGUCUGACCAGGCCCCCAGGGGCAUGGCAGCGCUGUGCCAGCACAAGCUGCUGGGGGCCCUGGAGCAGACGCAGCUGGCCCCUGGGGCUGCACGGGCUCACCCACCCACCCAGCUCGAGUGGACGGCCGGAUGGAGGCGGGGCCGCAUGGCGCUGGACGUUUUCACCUUCAACGAGGAGUGCUACUCGGCCGAGGUGGAGUCCUGGACCACGGGCGAGCAAUUUGCCGGGUGGAUUCUGCAGAGAAGAGGCCUGGACACGCCCCCGCGUGGUUGGUCUGUGUCACUGCACUCCAGGGACUCCUGGGAAGACUUGGCUGGCUGCGACUUCGUGCUGGACCUCAUCGGCCAGAUAGAGGACCUAGGGGACCCGGCCAGUCCCCACAGCUACCCCAUCGCCCCCCAUGGCCCAGCCAAGGACAUCCCCCCAGCCCCGAGCCUCCAGGCCCCCUCACUGCCCCCAGGUCCCCCUCCAGGUCCAGCCCCAACACUGCCCAGCAGGAGUCACCCAGGGGAGUCCCGGACCUCAGGGAGCCUGGACGGCUUCCUGGACAACCUCUUCGAGCCAGUCCUUUCCCCAGGCCUCAGCGAUCUGGAGCGAGGCAGGGCUCUGAGCGGCCGCAUGAAGGGAGGAGGCUCUAUGGGGCCCAUGCAGCAAGGCACCUACCCCAUGGUGUACCCAGCAAUGAUGCAGAUGCCUGGGUACCAGCCAGCCAUGAUGCCUGCGCCCAUGCCCAUGCCCAUGAUGCCAGCUAUGGGAGCAGUCCCCGCCAUGCCAGGCGCAGCAGAUGACAACCCAGGCUAUGACCCUGUCCCUGGAGCAGCAGACAAAGCAGCUCCAGAGACAGCGUCAGGCCCAGGCCCAGCCUCAAGCCCCCAGAGAUGCCUCCCCACCCCCGCCCCAGCCGUCACCCCCAAGCCCAAGAAUCCACCUGCCCCCCAGAAGCCACCCACCCCCGAGAAGCUGCCCGCCCCCCAGAAGCCAGCCAUCCCUGAGAAGAAGCCAGAGCGUACCCUGGACCUGCAGGAGCCCACCCAGGAGGCUGAGGACAGGCCUCAGCGGCCCAAGAGCUUCCAGCAGAAAUGGGAAUAUUUCCAGAAAUUGGGGCAGCCGCAGGUCAAGGUCAAGACGAUGAAGCCUCCAGCCAAGGUGCAGAUCCCGCAGGGGGAGGAGCCAGAGGAGGAGCCAGAGGAGGAGCCGCAGAGAGCAGUGCCGUCCCCUCCCUCUCCCCCUCCCCCUGUAGCGAAGAAGCCACUGGCAAAAGGUGGGGCCAAAGCUGCACAGGAGGCUGAGGCCAAGCCAGCCCCGGAGGCCGUGCCGGGCAGUGGCCACAGGCCGGCCCAGGACAGAGCCGUGGUGCGCAGCGGGGACCCUGAGCCGCGGCGGGCAGAGCCCAGCAGGGAGAUCCGCAACAUCAUCCGCAUGUACCAGAGCCGCCCGGGCCCCGUGCCUGUGCCCGUGCAGCCGUCCAGGAAGCCCCCUCAAAGUUUCCUAAAGAAAAACAACCCUAAAGAUGAGGCUCUGGCUAAGCUGGGGAUCAACGGCGACUCGCCUGCUUCGACGCCGUCCCCCAGCCCAGGGAAGGGCCCCCCGCCAGCUGUGGCCCCUCGACCCAAGGCUCCACCUCGGCUUGGGCCCUCCAACUCCAUCAGAGAGAAGCAGGGGCCCCGCCAGCUGUUCAGCCAGACGCCGCCCACCACCCAGAAAACCCCACCUCCACCCCCACCCCCACUGCCGCCACCCUGGGAACCAGGGACCCCUCCAGCUGAGCCCCGAGGCUUGGUGGCGCCCAUGGGGGACCAGGGGGUCACCACUCAGCUGCUCAUGCCCUCGGGCAGCGUGUGCUUCUCCUACACCAACACACCCUGGAGGCUGUUCCUGCGCAAAGAGGUAUUCUACCCCCGGGAGAACUUCAGCCAUCCCUACUGCCUCAGGCUCCUCUGCGAGCAGAUCCUCAGGGACACCUUCGCAGAAUCCUGUAUCCGGAUCUCCCAGGACGAGCGGCGCAAAAUGAAGGACCUGUUAGAGGACCUGGAGGUGGGGCUGGACUCGCUGGACACAGCUGAGGACAGCGUCAAGAAGCGUAUCGUGGUGGCGGCCAGGGACAACUGGGCCAAUUACUUCUCACGCAUCUUCCCGGUCUCGGGUGAGAGCGGCAGCGACGUGCAGCUGCUGGCUGUGUCCCAUCGGGGGCUGAGACUGCUCAAGGUGACCCAAGGCCCCAGCUUCCACCCCGACCAGCUGAAGACUCUCUGCUCAUACAGCUUUGCUGAGGUGCUGGGCGUGGACUGCCCGGCUGACUCCACCCUGGAGCUGUCUCUGAAGGGGGAGCAGCUGGUGCUGCACACGGUCCGGGCAAGAGCCGUCAAGGCCAUGGUCGAGCUGUUCCUGAGCGAGCUCAAAAAGGACUCGGGCUACGUCAUUGCCCUGCGAAGCUACAUCACGGAUGACCACAGCCUCCUCAGCUUCCAACGGGGGGACCUCAUCAAGCUGUUGCCAGUGGCCAGUCUGGAGCCAGGCUGGCAGUUUGGCUCCACCGGGGGCCGUUCUGGACUCUUCCCUGCUGACACCGUGCAGCCGGCCGCCGCUCCAGACUUCUCCUUCUCGAUGGAGCAGAGGAGCGGCCGGCGCAAGAGUCAGCUGCAGCGCGGCGAGUGGGAUAGGGCGUCGGAGGCGCACAGUGACACCUCGGCCACCUACGUUGCCCUGCCCACGGACUCCCACGACUACACCAUGCAGGAGUUUGCUCUGCUCUACUUCCGGAGGCCCCAGACGUUGCUGGGCCAGACGGGUGAGGCUGAGAGGAAGGCCAUGGCCAGCCUGGUGCAGUUCUCCAAGGUUCCCAUCCAGGAAUCACUCCUCAGCUUCAGUGAUGAGGACAUGAACCAGCAGGCUGUGAAAAGCUUCCAGGCUCUGAUGCAGGUCAUGGGGGACCAGCCCAAGCGCUGGGGCAAGGACGAGCUGGACCUCAUCUACGGGCUGCUGAAGCUGUGCCGGGAGAAGGACAACCUGAGGGAUGAGAUUUACUGCCAGGCCAUCAAGCAGGUCACAGGACACCCCCGGCCGAAACACUGUGCUCGAGGCUGGAGCUUCCUCAGCCUCCUCACGGGCUACGUGCCCCCAUCAGCCACGCUGAUGCCCUACGUGACCAAGUUUCUGCAGGACUCGAGCCUGAGCCAAGAGCUGGCCCGGAGCAGCCAGGAGCACCUCCAGCGCACAGUCAAGUAUGGGGGGCGCCGGCGACUGCCCUCCCUGAGCGAGAUGCGGGCUUUCCUGAAAGGACACGUAAUCCACCAGCUUCUAAUUCACCUGCCUGGGGGUGUGGAUUAUAAGACCACCAUCCGCACCUUCACGGUGGCAGCAGAACUCCUGGAGGAGCUGUGCAGGCAGAUGGGCAUCGGGGACCCUCAGGAAGUGCAGGAAUUUGCCCUCUUCCUCAUCAAAGGGGACGGUGAGCUGGUGCGGCCCCUGUGGCCCCAGGAGUACCUCAACAGCGUGCUGGACAAGGACGUGAGCCUGCACAGCCGGCGGCUCGACUGGGAGACCCAGCUGCACUUCGACAAUCCCACCUACAUCGGCACCCACUUCAGCCAGGUGCAGCGGGAUUACCUGCAGGGGCAGCUGUUGGUCAGCGCCCAGGCCGACGCCCAACUCGCCAGGCUGGCGGCCCUGCAGCACCUCAGCAAGGGCCUCGAGGAGCCCCCCUCAGAGCAAGACCUACUGGCUUACUUGCCGAAGCAGCUGCAAUGGCAGGUGAACCUGACCGCCAUCAAGAGCCUGAUAGGCCAGGAACUGAAACAGCUGCAAGGGUGCAGCUCCCAGGACGCACAGAUCAGCUUCAUUGAGGCCGCGCGCGUGCUGCCCCUUUUUGGCUACACUGUCUACACGGCGCUGCGAGUCAGCCGGCCAGGCCUGCCCAGCCCCAGCCUCCUGGGGCUGAACCGCCAGCACCUCAUCCUCAUGGACCCCAGCUCCCAGCAAGUGUGCUGCUCCAUCGCUCUGAAGGACCUGCAGCGGAUGCACCUGCUGAGCCCGAUGGAGGCAGAGGGCUCCCCAGGCCUGGAACUCAACUACGGCCCGGCCGCCAGCCCCGAGACCAUCUGGUUUGAGCUGCCGCAGGCCCAGGAGCUGAAGCACACCAUCGCCUUCCUGCUGGACAGCGAGCCUCCCAGCCCCUAGCGGCCUGGCUUCAGCAAGAGGACGGCAGGAGGGGCAGAGCCGAGGACAGGACCCCUCCACCCCAGCCCAAGUCUCACCCGGAUGCUCUCCCCUGGGUGCUGUUCAGGCCAUUUUGGUUUUGACUUCACCGCCCGGCUGUUCUGGAACCGGCCCUGUAGAACGGGGAUGCUACAGGGACUUCAGCUGGCAAGAGUCGUGAGACUCCUUCUGGGGCGGGGGCUGCAGGCACCCGGCUUGGGCGGCUGAUGUUGCCCAGUCUGGGGUGAGGCCCACCUGGGCCCACCGUCAGCAUGAGCCUGGAGCUGGAGAAGCAGCUGCUGAGGAAAUAAAACUCCUGGGAGACCAGG